UAUCAUAUCCAGCCCCGCCGACACACCGCACAAAAGAAACUGGGCAGUUUCAAUCAUGUCUCUCUUAGGUUGGAGAUGUGGUGGGGCGCUGUUGUUGAAGCUGAAGUUGAAGUUGAAGUUGAAGUUGAAGUUGAACACUAUAGCUGCUGCUUCUUCUGCUACUGCAAGUGCUAGUACUACUUCUUCUUCCCUCAUAAAUCUAAUCCGCCACAACAGUAAACGUUGCUUAUCCUUCGCCAGCAACCAUGAAGAAGAAAAAAAUUCUCAUUCUCAAUGUCCUCAUCAGCACAGCAGCAGCAGCAAAGCCCGAAUCUUGGUACGCGGCCGCAACCGCGGAGAUAAAGGUAUGGAUUUUUAUUCUGCAGAGAUGCUGGAUGAGGGAGGCAGCGUUAACAUAGGACCCGCCACUCUUGUUGCCACGGUUCCUUUUGACUAUCUUUAUGGAGACGAUGAUGAAUAUUGUAAACUCGUCAAUGGUUUUCUUUGUUUUCAAAAUAAGGAAGCUGUAAAUAUCUUGAAUCUCAGCGCUCCCCCACAGAGUUUGGCUCUUUGUAGUCCAGUAAGCAACUUUCAAUUUAGCGGUUUGGGCUUUGAUCCUUUGUCCAACCAAUUCAAGUUCUUCAGUUGGCCUAGGGGCAACAGAGAAUCUCCUAGCAUUUUCACGUUUGGUAACUGCAAUGGCAACGGCAACGGCAACGGAGGAAGUAAUAGUUGGAGACAGUUAGCUCCUGAAGAAUUCUACGGAGCUGACUUAUUAUGUAAUAAAUUUUUUCGUAACCAAGUUGGUGUUUCUGCUAAUGGUGCACUGUAUUGGCUUACCUAUUGGGUUACCAAUCGUGACAGACUGCCACCCAAAAUAGUGGCAUUUGAUCUCCACGACGAGAUUUUUAGAUUAGUCCCUUAUCCUGAUGGUGCUAAACCAGACAUUCGCAACCAUGAUGGACAUCUUGCUGCGGUUUGUGGACGCUUGGCUUUCAUAGAAAAGUUGCAGCCUGACAAAUUGAAUAUUUGGAUAUUGCAGGAGGACUACCACAAUUGCAACUACUCUUGGGUUAAACAAACUAUUCGUUUUCCUUUUGAUUGGUCUAAACUGAAGCGAUGGAGUCGCAUUCUUGCCAUCAACACUAACACCGAUGAGAUCUUUCUGGAAUUAGAUGUUAACCAUUGCUCUUUAGUCUGUUAUAAUACAAAGACAGAAAAUAUGAAGCGACUUGAAAUCACGGGAUUGCCUCAUUGGUCGGAACCUGUCCAUUGCAAAUUGGUCGGCAUUUCCUUCGAUGAUGAGAGAGGGCUUCUAUUCAGUAUUUGGUUUUUGAGUUUAAAUUGGGUCUGGUCAUGGCCCAAUUUAAACUCAAAAACCCCAAAUCUUAUCUCCUCUCCUUUUAGCACCGGAGCUCCACCCUGCCACAUACACCGCCGCCUACGUUUUGCUGAAGCCUUAAAAAUAUGUUGGAGCCGUCGUGAGUGUGGUGUCGCAGCCUCAAGGAAUAUUCUUUUAUGAUUUUUUUUUUUUUCCAAAUUUUAGAUUUCGAAAUAUUGAUGGGUUUGGGUUGUUUUUUGGAUAUCAAUCACUUGAUUUGGUAUAGGUUUUUCUGUUUUUUGGUAUUUUAAUGGGUUCUGAUUAGAUUCUUAAGUGGUAGCCUAAAAAAGAAUCUGAUUGUGAGAAUAUCAUAACAGAAUUAGAAGUACAUUGGCAGAUGCUAAUGACAUACUUGAUACAAACUUGGACAUAGUUUACUUUAAAAAGACUGGUUAUCUUUCUAGAUGUUCCAGAUUUGUUGGUGAGAAUGUCAAACUAGGGUUGAUGAUAAAUAACCAAAAAAAAAGAAAAAAGAGAGAGACUACAUUGAUGACAGCAAGCAUGACUAAAAGUUUCCCAUGAGGUUUGAUAUUUCUAUUGCUUUGUUGUGUAGUUGUGCCCUUCGUUUUGUAAUGACUUCUUUUCUCAAGACUCAAGUGGGUUUUUAAGUGUUUUUAUUGUCUAGAUUUUUCUGCUAAUGUUGGCUGCAGCUUAAUUUGUUUUCCCAGCUGUGAUGCAGAUAAGGUGGUUUUGAAUACUUAAAAGGAAAACUGCCCUACUAUCUUGACUGAAAUCUUGGAGCAUGUGGCUUGAGCUAGUGAACAAUCUUUCAUCCUAUGCCAACAUGGAAAUGAAGCCUAAAAAUCCUGUAUUUUGAAAAACAACUGAAUCAUCAAAACUUUCAUAUUGUGAAUUAGAAACUUUUAGAAAGAACUGUGAUAGGUUUUAUUUCAAAUAAAUUUCCAAUCCUAUGAUCCUCUCUUUGUACAAUAUAUCGUGACAAGUUUUAUUUCAUAUGAAUGAAUUCUAAAUUAGAGACCUUUAAAUAGAAUUGUGACAAUUUUAUUUUCUAAUAUAUUCCCAAACCUA